AUGUCGAACGAUAACCAUAAGACUGAACUAACCACUUUCGUUAAUGACGUAGUCAACCAGCACAUCCGUAAAUGGCUCGAAAUUCCAAUCUCAGGAACACUAAGUACUGUUUUUCUAACUCGCAACAAAUUUGGUCAAAGUAUUUAUCCUCCAUCGGUGAAAUUUAUCCAAUGCCAAACAGUUCUUCGAAAAGCUUUAAAACUUUCCCCAAAUCAAUCAAUCAACGAACUGUGGAAAUCUACUAAUACUCAUACUAAUAUCCAAUACGACUUUUAUAACUCAACCAAAGAAGUGAUUAAAGACUUUCG